AUGGCAGAACACAGCAUUAGUCUUCUGACAGCCAUCGUGCUGUCAUUGAUCUGCUUCAUCAUCACUAUGGUGUUCACUGCUUUGGCUGGACCUGGAAUAUAUCCAUUUCUGUCGAGCACUGGAAAUAUUUCAGAUGAAUAUACAACUGAGAUCACACCUGCAGGAUGGGCCUUUGCCAUUUGGUCGAUCAUUUACGCCUUCUUGGCCUGUGUAAUGGUCUAUGUGCUCUCUGGUGUCUGUAGAAAAAAUGCCUAUGGCUUCGUCUACUGCAGCCCUGCUGUUUUACCCCAUGGAUUUUUUGUGUCUUUGUGCUUAAAUUUGGGCUUUAAUAUUGGAUGGCUAUUUUUGUGGGAUAGAAGGUUGAUGCCUGCUGCACUCGUUUUCCUCAUCCUGAUUGCCUUCACUAACUACGUCACGAUAUUCUUCUCUUGCCAUAGUCUCAAAAGUUAUGGCGCUUGGCUUAACAAAUACCACAGAGUAGACCUGUGGCUCCACCGAGUGUUGAUUCAGAAUGGGAUCGCUAUAUAUGCAACAUGGACAACCAUUGCGUCCCUACUCAACCUAAAUAUUGUUCUGACUACUAAUGCAAAGAUGUCUCAAACAGAUGCUUCCACCGUAGCACUUACUAUUUUGACCCUGGUGUUGUUUGUGUGGUUCAUCCUGGAAAAUUCAGCUUUUGAAAAACACGUCAGGUACAUUCAAACCAUUUACUUUGUAGUGAUCUGGGCGCUGACAGGGGUGUUCACGAAAAACAAGGACGCUGUAACUUCUGGAAGUCGCAAUGGCAUCUUUAUAGCUGUACUCUUGGCUUUAUCUUGCUUCUUGUGUGCCUUGCGGAUAACUUUGACCAUCUGGAGACACAUCAAACACCCAUUAUACCAAGACGUAGAUGCUGAGGACAUGUUGCCGAUGGAGAUAGCUGACAAGCAGAAAACAAUCUUUAAAUAA